AAGAUAUAACGCAGACCUAACUUGCAGUUCGCCACCAAAAUCAAAUCUUCAAUUUUUCUUUUGAAAUCGUUUCUAUCAAAGUUCAGAAAAUGAGCGUAGAAGUUUUAGACAGCGCCACCAUUGUCAACUUCGUCGAGGACGAAGAAGCCUUCACACUCUCAAUACGGAACCAUUUUGCCAAUCUCGACACAGACAAGGACGGAUUACUUUCCUAUGGAGAAAUGUUGAAAGAAUUGCAGAGUCUUAGGGUUUUCGAAACUCAUUUUGGAAUAGACAUCAAAACAGAGCCUGAGGAGCUUUCUCGCGUCUACAAUACUCUGUUUUUGCAAUUCGACCAUGAUUUGAACGGAACAGUUGAUUUGGAAGAGUUUAAGGCAGAGACUAAAGAGAUGAUGUUGGCUAUGGCUAAUGGAAUGGGUGUUUUGCCUAUUCAAAUGGUUCUUGAAGAAGACAGUCUCUUGAAGAAAGCUGUGGAGAGAGAGUCUGCUGCUAUUUUCUCUGCUUAAAAUUUAAAUCUAUUAUAAUUAUUUUCUCUGAGUUUGUAACUUCUUUUUAUUUUUAUUUUUAUUUUAAUAAUAACAUUUUGCAUUUAAAGCAAACUUUUAUGAGUGCAUUCCUAAUUAGUUCAAUGAUAACCUAAGUGCAGUCCACUCAACUGAGAAGAGAAAUGUGAAAAAAAAAGUUUAUUGUUAGAAUUUUC